AGCUGAUACAUUUCGCUCUCCAAGUAGGAGAUCUCUCGGGCCGUCUCGAUAAACUGCCGGUAGUUCUGGUACACAUUGCGUUUCAGGUUCUGCGCCGUCUCCUCCGCUAACGCCUGGAUGUGCUGCCGGUGCUCCUGCAGGUCUCGAUCCCCGUCUGACUGUUGAGAGAGCUGCUUCACGUACAGACGGGCCUCGAAGCCGCCCGACUCCAGCUGCCGCCUCAGACGGCUCGCCCCGCUGUCCAACACCGCCAUUGCCUUCUGGCUCGAGGGCAGUCACUGAGACUACUGCCGCGGCUAUCGAGACCCACCCCGCCUCCACGGCGCCCGAACCAGGAAGCUAGAGGCAAUGAGUUCUCGCGAGAGCGACCAGUAUCCAGUGGAGUUGCCCAAGAGGAGCCAGAGGAGAGCCGGAAGCCUCGGCGCCCCGAGCCAUGGACGGAGACAUGGUUCUAGCCCUGCAGCUGCAGGAGGAAUGGGACUUGCAAGUUGUGCGGCACGACGCCGCCCAGGAACCCUUGUCGCUGGUGGACCCGUCCUGGGAACUUGUGGACCCCACCCCGGACGUGAGGGCCCUGUUUGUUCAGUUCAACGACCAGUUCUUUUGGGGCCAACUGGAGGCGGUGGAGGUGAAGUGGAGCAUGCGCAUGACCAGGUGUGCUGGGAUAUGCAGCUAUGAAGGGAGUGGUGGAAUAUGUUCCAUCCGACUCAGUGAACCUCUUUUAAAGUUGAGACCAAGAAAGGAUCUUGUAGAGACUCUCCUCCAUGAAAUGAUACAUGCCUAUUUAUUUGUCACUAAUAACGAUAAAGAUUGGGAUGGGCAUGGUCCAGAGUUUUGUAAACAUAUGCAUCGCAUUAACCGCCUGAGUGGAGCCAACAUAACAGUGUAUCAUACUUUUCACGAUGAGGUCGAUGAGUAUCGUCGACAUUGGUGGCGCUGCAAUGGACCCUGUCAGUACAGAGAGCCGUAUUAUGGCUAUGUGAAACGUUCUGUUAACAGAGCCCCCUCUGCUCAUGACUACUGGUGGGCUGAGCACCAGAGUACCUGUGGAGGCACUUACAUAAAAAUCAAGGAGCCAGAGAACUACUCAAAGAAAGGCAAAGGAAAGAUAAAACCAGAAGAGCACCUAGUAUCAGCAGCCAACAGUAAAGAUAAACCAAGCAGGGGAGAGACACAGUUACUGAUUCCUUUUACUGGGAAAGGAUAUGUUCUAGGAGAAACAAGCAGUUCACUUUCACCUAGGAAGUUCAUCACCUCACAUGCCAUUAAUAAAACACAAGAUCUUUUGAGUCAAGACUCCUCAGUAAAUGCUCUAAGACAGAAUUCUAAAAUUGAGGCGAAAUUUGAACAAAAUAGUUUAAGUAAAAAACCUUUAGUUCCCACUGUUCUUAAUAAUCAUCAUCAAAAUGUUUUAAGCAACUAUUUUCCUAGAGUAUCAGUUGCCAACCAAAAGGCUUUCAGAAGUGUGAAUGGAUCUCCAACAAAAAGCUUACCUGUUGGUAACAUCUAUAAAAACUCAUUUUCUUCUGGUUCUCAGAGAAGGGCUACAUCUCCUAAGGUAUCUUCAAGAAAUCCUUUAAAAGUAAUGGAAUCGACAUCUCUUACUGCAUCCCAGAACGAUGAUGGGUCUGAUGAUAAAUUCCCAAAUAAACGGCCUAGGCUAGAAGACAGGACUGUUUUUGAUAGGUUUUUUAUUAAGAAAGAACAAAUACAAGGUGGAAAUGAUUCAAAGGGUAAUUCUCAUUCUACAACUUCAGCUCAGAAUUCUAGCAGUUCAUCUGGUCAGAACAAGAUGGUUCACUGUCCGGUUUGUCAGAAAGAAGUUUUGGAGUCUAAAAUUAAUGAGCACUUGGACUGCUGCCUCGAAAGUGGUGAGAGCAUUAGAAUCGAAAGCUGAAAGCACCCUUGAAAAAUGCGUGGAUCUCUCAUACCACCUGAAUACUUCGCUUGUGUCAGGCAGUUCUGGUUAUUACGAUUUCUAGGUUAGAAUGCAACAAGAUUAAAGUUCCAAUUUUAUAUAUGUCUAAGUGUGUAUUUAAAAAUGCCUUAAGGUAUACAAUCAUUUUAUGUAAUAGUGCAUAGUUUUAUAUGUAUACAUAUUAAAAUUCUUACAUAUUUUGUUAA